AUGUCUGUCGAACGAGUCAAAGACAGAAAAGACGAAGAAAUCCAUGAAGGCGACCAUGUCUGGACACGAUAUCGUGGCGGUGUCCGAGAGGGAGAGGUCCAGAAAAUCGUCAUGGAUGAACACGAAGCUCGACAGGAAGAAGUAGCCAAUCCGCCCAAGGUUAUCUUCAUAGAUCAGCACGGCGAUCGAGUUGCGCAUAAUCCGACGACUUUAUCCAAGACGUCUGCGUCGUGA